AUGAAUAGAUCUCGUCUAUUUCACUAUCAUCAAUCUGAACAAGAACUUUCUCCAGAUGAUAGCAUAGCAGAAUUAAAUAUUCUCUGUCGAGUUUGUUAUAAAUAUAAUCGACAUCGAAUCAAUGAUGAUGAAGAAAGUAUUUGUGUAUGUAAACAACCCAAAGAUGAGCAUGAAUCAAAUGAACUGAAGUUUAAGUGGACUAUGAAAAAUAAUACUCGAGAACAUAUUCAUUAUGAUUAUGGUCUAGUUCAAAGUGGUGCACAUUUUGUUCGAUUAGCUUUGGAUACACCAUGCGAAAAAAUUGAAAAAAUUAUUUCUGAUGUCUGGAAAUUUCCAAAACCUUCAUGUAUUGUAUCAAUUCUUGGUAAUACCGAAUUGGUUAAAAUGAGUAAUCAACUUGAAACAAAUUUCAUAAAUGGUAUUGUUAAUAUAAUUCAAAAAUCAGAUACAUGGAUACUUACUAAUGGAUAUGAUUAUGGUGUUGUUCACCUUGUUGGACAAGCACUUCAUAAAGCUAAAUUAUUGAAUUUUGAUAAGAAAUAUGUUAUUACGGCUAUUGGUGUUUGUAAAUGGGGUAGCAUAGCAGAUGUAGAAAAAAUAAUACAUCCAAAAAAAGAAGACAUACAACAGAUAAAUGCUGAAGAAAAGUCUGUUACUCAGAAGAGUAUAUCAAAAGAACAUACUGAUGAUCAAUGGAAUCUUGAAAUGCAUCACACUCAUUAUCUCAUGUUGAAUGAUGGUAGUGUUGGUUAUGAUGAUAUACAAGAUACUCGAUCGAAUGGUCAUGCUGCUGAUUUUCUUACUCGUUGGUUACUUUUUACGAGAGAAUUUGACAAAGAUGUUACAAAUCAAAAUGUAGUCAGUGAAAUUGACGAAUUAAUUAUUAUAUCAUACGAAGGAAAAUGUUCGACCAUGCCUCCUAUAAUAUCAAGGUCAGAAAACGGAUCGAAAUCGAUUGCUAGUGGCACUAAUCGUAUUCAGAAUCAUCUUGAUUCUAAAAAUAAAAAACUUUCACAGAUUUUUAAAAAUUAUAUUGAUCGAUUGAAAAAAGAUAUAGAAUAUACUUUUUUUCGGGAUGAUGAUCCGAAUAACGUCAAAAAACAAGGCAACUAUGAACUAGACGAUGAUAAACAAAAUAACAUGAAUAAACUACUCGAUCAAGUUAUGUUUUGUCUACAACCAGCAAUUCGUACUCAUUUAACUAUAUUUAAUUUGAAUUCGGAUAUUCAUUUAUCAGAAAAAAUUUUUCAAAGUAUUUGUUGUUCACGUGAAAAAUUAGCAAACAUAAGAGAAAACGAAAGAUUACAAAAAUUAGAUACUCGAUCAUGCAAUAAAGAAGACUUUAAAAUUAUGUUUCGUAGAAAUGAAAUCGAACGAAAAAUAGAAAAAACAAAAUUACUUCGUUUAGCAAUGAAAUGGAAUAGUAUUCAGAUUGCAAAAGACUUUAUUUUUCAAAAUUCAUUAGAUAAUAUUAUGAGACAAAAAAAACUUUUUAAGGAAGCUUUAAAAAGUAAUUUACCGACAUUUGUCUAUGAAUUUCUCAAAUUAAAAAUUAAACCAGCUGAUAUAUUCUUUUCAAAAGAUUCACAGUCUCAAAAUAAAUCUAAAUAUGCCACAUUUAUUGCAGAACUUUACCAUGACCAAAAUAAUGAUAAAACUCAUUUAAAAUAUUUUCUUGAGAAGGACGAAAAUAAUAAGGCCAAAAAUAUUGAUUGUGUUGAAAGUCUUAAUAUUGUUCUCGAAAAACUUAUUGGUGAUUAUAUGUAUCGGCUCUAUUUUGAAACAGAACAACACGAAAGGGAGUAUCGAGACAAACAAGGAUUAAUGGAGCAGUUUCUAAAAUCAGAACAAAUUGAACAUAAAUAUAUAAUGCGGGAUUUGUUUUUAUGGGCUAUACUAAUGAAUUAUAUUGAUAUGGCUAAAGUCUUUUUAUCAUUUAUGGAAUAUCGAAUAUGUUCAGCAUUGAUUGCAACAAAAAUUUUAAAAGAAUAUCAUUCGACAGCAUCAUAUGGUGAAUUAAAAGACGACUAUGAAGUAGCUGCAAAAUAUUUUGAAAAAUAUGCAAUCGAUUGUCUAGAUAAGUGUGACGAUGAGGAUGUUGAUCGAGCAUGUGAAAUUAUUUUACAACGAAAUGAACUAUAUGGAUAUGUUACUUGUCUUCAAGUUGCUUCAGAUGCGGAUGAUAAAUUAUUUAUUGCAACACCAUGUUGUGUACAAACUAUGAAUAAUAUUUGGUUUGACAAACUUCAUCCAGAACAAAUAACAUACAGUGAUCGAUUGAAAUGGUUUCUUAGCAUCAUUUCGCUUGGUCUUUUAGCUCCUGUUAUCGUUGCAUAUCGAGAAAACAAAAUGUUUUUUACUCAAGAUAAUGUAAGUUUUCUAGGAAAAGCAAAAACUUAUUUUGGCAAUCAUUUUAAACAAAUGACUGUCAUUGCAAUUAUUCUCUUCUACAUUGGAUUAAUUCUACGAUAUACACAGGCAAAUUCUGAAGAUAACUUUGGGGCAGCUAGAAUUGUAAUGGCUAUUGAUCUUGAAAUAUGGUGGCUUCGUUGUAUGUCAUUUAUUAUUGUUAUACCAUAUCUUGGACCACAUCUUGUAGCUAUUAAAAAAAUGAUUUAUGAUCUUUUAUUUUUCAUGUACAUCAUUGGAAUAGUUAUGAUUGCAUAUGGUGUUGCAUCGCGCUCAAUGGUCUAUUAUCCAAAAGUGAACAAUUUUACCAGAGAAACAGGUGGUCCUAUAGAUGCUAGUUUUGAUGGUCGAAAUGUUUUUCGUCAAAUUAUAUAUCCUGUUUACUAUUUAUUAUACGAAGAAUUUCAUACCCAAUUAGACGAUCUUGAUAAUAAUUCAAAUGCUGGAUGGUCAAUUGCAAAUCAUUUAUUACUUGCUAUUCAUAUGAUUUUUGUUAAUAUUUUAUUAACUAAUUUACUUAUUGCAAUGUUUAGUAAACGAUUUGAUCAAGUUUAUGAAGAAACACAUCAAAUUUGGCAUUCACAACAAUAUUUAUUUACACGCAAAUAUUUUGCACGUUCACCAUUUAUUCCACCAAUAAGUUUUAUGUAUGAUAUAUAUUGUUUAAGUCGUAUGCUCUUCUUCUUUAUAAGACGAAACUAUUUUAAUAAACCAAAAACUAGUAGAACUAAAGUAUUCAAAAUUAUUCCCAAAAAUGAACGUAUCGUAAAAGAAUGGUAUGAGUUUGAGGAUUCAUUCACAAGUGAAUAUGCUCAUGAUCAAGUAAAAGCAUUGAAAAUUGCAUCUAUGAAAUCAAAAUCUAAAUCAGAUUCAGGUAAUGACAAAAAAAAUCAAAUAAUGGGUAAAGAUGAUAAUGAUUCAAAUAAGCCUCUUACUGAUCUUACAAGAGUAAAAAUUGAUUUCGGUAAAUUUAAUUCAAUUAUUGAAAAAGCAAACAAAGAAUUAGAAGAAAAAAAUAAUGAAAAAAAGCAACAAUAA